AUGUUCGCCACUACAGCUGUCCGCUUUGCCCUCGUGGCCGCCGCUCUCUCCAGCCUCACUAAUGCUGCCCCGCUCUUCAACUUUGGCCGCAAGGAAGCAGUGGCCAUGGUCCGUCGCGCCCAAAACGGCGGCCAACUCGCCCAGGGUACAAACUUUUACUUUACGACGCUUCAUCUCGAAGACGCGUGCUCUCCCGGCCAAGUCGCUUGUGUCUCUGGAAACUAUGCCACCUGCUCGGGUGAAGGCAAUUGGGAAAUCACGCCCUGCACUUCUGGCACCACUUGCCUCGCCACCCCGGCCUCGUCUCCCUCUGGCAUCUCCAUCCAGUGCACCUCGCAGGAAACCGCCCAGUCGUCGAUCCAAAACGCUGGUGGUAAUCCCAACACGCUCGUCGCAGACUUCCACGUGACCGACGCACCGUUCAGCGCCGACACGGUUGCCUCUUCCUCUUCGAGCGCUCCUGCUUCGACUGCCACCGAGUCGUCCAGUGCACCAGCAGACACUGCUUCAUCUACUGCUUCGCCCACGGAUGCCCCAACCGAAAGUGCCUCUGCCACCGAGUCUUCCGCUUCGUCAACCUGCACUCCCGACGAUGAGGAAGAUGAUGGCACGAUCGCAGAUUCUUCGACUUCGACUGCUUCUCCAACUGCCACUGAAACCGUCGACCCCUCGAGCACUUGCACCGAGGAACCAGUCGAGACGGAGACGAUUACGGUCAUUGUCGUCCCUGUCCCAUCUUCGACUGGUGUCUACUCGACUACGACGCUCUUCCCAGAACAGCCAGAGCCCACCGUUGUCGGAACUGAUGUUCCUGUUCCGACCGAGUCGAGCACAGACGUUUCUUCCUCUACUGAGUCCUCGAGCGAGUCUGUCCCCACCGAGUCUUCAUCCUCUUCUGAAGAGCCUUCCUACACCGAGCCUGCCCCUACCGAAUCCAGCUCCAGCUCCUCGAGCGUCCCAACUGAAUCGAGCUCUAGCUCCGAAGCGCCUGCUCCCACUGAGAGCUCUUCGUCGAGCGAGAGCGUCAUGACCGUCACGACCAUCUUCGUCGACCCUGGUCUCUCGAUUCCUGCUCUCCCAACUGGUACUGGUGGUGCCUCGACCCCUGUUGCCAUUCCCGUCGUCAGCGUCGUUGGCACCCAUACCGUCCCAGCCAAGCGCAUGGUCCGUGUCAUCCGUAGGGCAUAA